AUGGUAAGUAUCAUAACUGGCCUAUCAAGACCAGUUUGCUUCUCUCCACCUGCUACGACAAGAGAGUUUCUAAAGAAGCCCAAGUUAAAAUGUUCCUUGGAGAAUCCAAUCGAAAUCCAAACUUUGAGGAAGCGUUGUGUUUCAAGUUUUGCUGCCAUUUUGCUUCUCUCUCAGGCAGGCCAGGGUCUUGCGUCAGAUCUCUCAUCUGGUCAUCAGAACAUUUGCCAACUUGGGAGUGCUGCUGCUGCUGCUGUAGAACAAAACAAACCGACUCUCCCACUUGAGAAUGCCUCUGAUGCUGACAACCCGGAAACGAUGAUGAUGAUGAUGACGAGAGGCAUGACUACUAAGAACUUCGAUCCAGUUAGAUACUCUGGAAGAUGGUUUGAAGUUGCUUCUCUUAAGCGUGGUUUCGCCGGUCAAGGCCAAGAAGAUUGCCAUUGCACUCAGGGCGUAUACUCGUUUGACAUGAAGGAGCCAGCCAUCAGGGUUGAUACGUUCUGUGUUCACGGAAGCCCUGAUGGGUAUAUAACAGGAAUCAGAGGCAAAGUUCAAUGCUUGGCAGCAGAGGAUCUUGAGAAAAACGAGACUGACUUGGAGAAGAGAGAGAUGAUUAAGGAGAAGUGUUUUCUUAGAUUUCCAACGAUACCUUUUAUUCCAAAGUUGCCUUAUGAUGUCAUAGCAACAGACUACGACAACUAUGCUCUUGUUUCUGGUGCCAAAGACAAAGGCUUUGUUCAGAUAUAUUCAAGGACACCAAACCCUGGACCUGAGUUCAUUGCCAAGUACAAGGACUAUUUAGCAACAUUUGGUUAUGAUCCUGGGAAAAUAAAGGAUACUCCACAGGACUGUGAAGUGAUGUCUGAUGGUCAGUUAGCUGCUAUGAUGUCUAUGCCAGGUAUGGAGCAAACGCUGACAAACCAGUUUCCAGAUCUUGGAUUAAGAAAGUCUGUCCAGUUUGAUCCUUUCACAAGUGUGUUUGAGACCUUGAAGAAUUUUGUCCCUCUCUAUUUCAAGUACUAG